UGCACCGUGACCGGCGGCAUGGGCUUCGUCGGCCGCAGGCUCGUCGAGAUGCUCGUCGAGCGCGGCGCCGAGCGCGUCGUCGCGUUCGACAUCGCGCCCCGCCCCGCGGACGCUCCAGACGACGAUCGCGUCGUGUGGAUGCAGGGCGACCUCACCGACCCGGCGGCGGUGAUGCGCGCGUGCGAGGGCAGCGAGUGCGUGUGGCACAUCGCCGCGCUCGUGGGGCCGUACCACGCGAAGGACAUGUACAUGAAGGUGAACUACCAGGGGACCCUGAACGUCGUCGACGCGUGCAAGAAGCUCAAGAUCAAGAAGAUCGUGAUGUCGUCCUCGCCGAGCACGCGGUUCGACGGGAAAGACAUCAACGGCAAGCGCGAGAGCGAGCUCGAGAUUCCGAAGAAAUUUCUUCAGGAGUACGCGGAGAGCAAGGCGCGCGGGGAGGAGGCGUGCAUGGCGGCGUGCGAUGGGGAAAACCUCCUCACGGUCGCCGUCGCGCCGCAUCAGGUGUACGGCCCGCGGGACUUUUUGUUUCUUCACAACUUUCUCCUCAACGCGUCUCGGCUGCGCGUGUUCGGACCAGGAGAUAACCUCGUCAGCGUGUGCUACGUGGACAACUACUGCCACGGCCUGAUCCUCGGCGAGCGCGCGCUGUACCCCGGGUCCCCCGCGCUGCGCAAAUUUUACAUUUGCACGGACGGCGAGCCGGUGAAGCUCUGGAGGUUCGUCGACGACGCGCUCGUGCAAAUCUUAGGCAUCCCGUCUCUCUUCUCCAAGUUCAAGCUCCCCGGCUGGGGGUUCAUGUACCCGCUCGGGCGCGUCUGCGAGUGCGUCGGGAGCGUCCUCGGGAAGAAGCUCAAACUGAACACGUUCGCGGUGCGGAUGCUUCUCAUCAACCGACACUUCAACGGCGACGCGGCGAGGGACGACCUCGGAUACGCGCCAAUCGUCGACUCGGAGACGGCGUGGGAGAGGACGGUGGGAUGGUUCAGGGAGGAGUGGGUGCCGAAGUACGCGCCGGGGCGCGUCGGGAAGGCGGACGCGGCGGCGGCCGCGGGCGGCGCGAAGAAGAAGGGGGGGAAGGCUGCGAGAGGGGCUGCGAAGACGCGGAAGUGA